UCCACGAUUGUCUAGCUGUGUUUCAGCUGACACUCAACAGUCUCAACAACUUCCAACUUCUGGAGAAGGAGUUUAUCCCGAGGGGUUGUCCCAGACAGUCAAAAAUUACUUGUUAUUUACCCUUCAUCAAUGGGAAAUUGAUAAUAAAUGGCUCUGGCUGUGGACACGAUCAAAUUAAUUCCACAAAUUGGAUAUUGAGUCUUUUUAUUUCCAAUGCGGAGAAGAUUUAUUGACCUGAAGAACGACAUUCGUCGAUUGCCAUGUCAGAGAGCAGUGAUUCUGAGGAGUUCUUCGAUGCUGAGGAUGACAGCUUUCACAGGAGUACUAGGCGGGGUAAAGUGAAAGAAUCACCAGCAGUUGAAUCACAGGGAGAUGCACCUCCCACUCCAAUUACUCCAUCCAAUGAUACGGUGUUUGUUAAACCCCCGGAUCCAAAACCACCAGUGGAAGCACAGAAUCAUGUCAACGUUAAUUCCACAACAGGAUAUCGCCAGGAUGCUGAGGAUAAGCCCACUCGGCUGGAGAAGAUCGUCAGUCGACGGAAAUUCCGGGAACUGCGUCAACGAAUGGAAACUGAGGAUGACGACAUUCCCAUAAAUAAUUCACCGCCCGACAGUCAAACGUCAUCAAUCGAGGGUGUCUACCCAACACCCUCGAAGACCUCCCAUCCCUUCAGAAUAAUCGAACACGACACUCUCAGCUUACAAAGUAUGACAUCACUUGGUAGAGUUGGAAGAAUCUUAGCAGGUGGUUCUGAUGCUGCAUCUAGUGUUGUACCAUGUGGUGUUCCAGUUUCGAUGUCAAGAGAAGCACAGAUCGCAUCACUAGCAAACGCUCAGUCCAAAGACGAUGAUUCAGCAUCAGGGAAAGUAUCUCAAUCAUCGAGUGUUCUCACAUUGUCCGGAGAUCUUGUCCAGGAGGGAUCAAUCAAUGGCAGAUCAUCAGAAUAUACAAAGGCCGAUCCCAAAGUUAUUCUUCAAGAACCCGAUGUCAUAGCUAGCACAAAAAAUAAUGGAAAGAGUAUUGAGAGUCAGGAGGUGAUACCUGUUGCACCACCGAGAAGAAAAAAAAAGUCGAAACCACAAACACCAACGGAUCUGGCUCCCACCUCUGCAGAGGGAUCGAUGCCGGCCUCGUCACUACCAAGUCCAGCAAGUACAAUUGAAUCGAUAACACGUGAAUUUGAACAUUCAUUGGAUAUAAGAUCAGCUACUAAAGGGCAAUAUGUCGUCAAGCCACAGGCAAGUUUCACCACAAGUAAUUACGUUCUUUACUUCAAGGACGAAAAAAUUCCAGUUCAUUGUGAUACGAUAUCACCCUCCAAAGGAUUUUUAAUGACACACCGACAUGACCGGGACGAGGAUAAAUCGAAAGCAGAAGGACCUUCAUCAGUGGAAUUGGAGAGACUGGAGAAAAUCAAGGCAGAGCUGUUGAGCUUACGAUCGAGCGAUAAAUCAAAUAGUCCUAUUGGAUCGAUAUCGAGUAAUAGCAUUGGUCGUUAUUCACUGGGUCCCCAGAGAUUUCCUGGUAUCAGCCCUCACAACUCAAGGGAGAGACGCAAAUCGGCUGGGGAUCAGGAUAUGGUUAAACAGCUGAAUAUGUUUGUGAGAACUAGAACAGAUUCUGGUAAACGUUUAACUGAUAUGGAAAUUCUGGAACAAGUAACAGUAUUGAAUUUGGAUACGGGUGAACGAGUGCCAUUGAGUAUAGCCGAAGAUAAGCUCCCCCAGUGCAUGAAUCCUCUCUCCCUUCACAUAAUGCGUCUCACUUCGGAGUACGUGAGUAACUCUAGUCUAGAAAAGGAGAAGGAAAGUGACGAGGAGAGUGUGGACAGUAAAAUGUCGUCAAUUCCUCCAGACGAAGAUGUAUCGGUGGGUCGUGUACGUAAGAAGACCCAGAAGUUCAAAAGAUUCCUGGGCUCGACGGUCAAAAAAACAAUGGACAAAGCCAAAUCAAUAGCCCAAGAGGUGUCCCACGCUCGUCACAAGGAAGACGUGAUGGAUAUCGUUGACGACGUUUACCCAGGGGAGCCCCAGGUGAUAAAAUUAAAAGCCUCAAAUUCCCACAAAGGCCCGUACGAAUUUUCAUGCCUACAACACGUCCAGGAUCUUAGUGGUGAACACGUUGGUCCAGUCUGGUGCAUGAAAUUCUCGGCGUGUGGAAGACUUCUGGCAACAGCAGGUCAGGAUCGUGUUCUCAGGAUUUGGGUGCUGCGGGAUGCAUUCACAUAUUUUCAGGACAUGAGGACAAAGUACAAUGCUGAAAAAGUAAGUCCAACACCAUCGCAGGAGUCUCUGGUAUCGCAGCAGUCGAUGGAAGAUCCAAAUGUUGCAGCGAGUGCUCUCAGUGAGAUCGAGGGAACCAAGAGUCCCUUCAUGCCAAAGCCCUUCUGCACGUACUUGGGGCACACGUCAGAUCUGCUGGAUGUAUCCUGGUCGAAGAACUACUUUAUCCUGUCGUCGUCGAUGGAUAAAACCGUGAGACUCUGGCACAUUUCCAGGAAAGAGUGCUUGUGCUGCUUUCAGCACAUUGACUUCGUGACUGCCAUUGUUUUCCAUCCGAAGGACGAUCGGUACUUCCUGUCUGGGUCGUUGGAUGGGAAGCUCAGGCUUUGGAAUAUUCCUGAUAAGAAAGUCGCUGUCUGGAAUGAAGUCGAUGGACAGACGAAGCUUAUUACAGCUGCCAAUUUCUGUCAGAAUGGAAAAUUCGCUGUUGUUGGGUCUUAUGAUGGCAGAUGCAUAUUUUAUAAUACUGAUCAGUUGAAGUAUCACACUCAGAUUGAUGUCAGAUCUACCAGGGGGAAGAAUUCACGGGGGAGGAAAAUCAGUGGGAUUGAACCCAUGCCUGGGGAGGAUAAGAUUUUAGUCACUUCCAAUGACAGUAGAAUACGACUUUAUGAUCUGAGAGAUCUUAAUUUAUCGUGUAAAUAUAAGGGAUAUGAGAAUGUCAGCAGUCAGAUUAAAGCCAGUUUUAGUCCUGAUGGACAGUAUAUUGUUGCUGGAUCGGAAAAUCAGUGUAUUUAUAUUUGGAAGACUCAUCAUGACUAUUCAAAGUUCUCCAGUGUCAGGAGAGAUCGUAAUGAUUUUUGGGAGGGAAUCAAGGCACAUAAUGCUGUUGUAACUUGUGCUGUUUUUGCACCAAAUCCUGAUUCUAUUAUCAGGCAAAUUGAGGCUAGAGAGCAGUGGGAGGGAAGGGAUGAUCCGAAAAAUGGUACUGCCACUGGGGCUAUUGCUAAUCCAGUUGAUCCUGUUGUGGAACAGCGAACAAAGGGAUGUGGUGGACAUGUUUUAGUCAGCGCUGAUUUCAAUGGGUGCAUCAAAGUAUUUUUGAAUAAAACUAAACCAAAACACAGUUCACUACCUGCUUCGGCACUUGCCUAAUUGGGGUAGUUACUGGGGGGUGGUUUUUGACGUUUUGGGGAGGGUAAGGUUACGCGUAGAUCAAUUCUAGGGAAUUCUUUUGAAAAUUGUAAUGGAUUUUUGGGGAACUCACAGUGGAUAUUAUAUUUAGAUGAUUGUAGUUUUUAAAUUUUUUUCUCUGAUUGUUUUUUAUUUACUUUUUAUAGGAGAAGGGAAAGGGGAAAAUCAGAAAAUUUUUCGAUCGAAUUUGUUGUAUAAAAAUGCUUUAGAAAUAUUUUUUUGAAAUAAAAAUUGUUCAUAGAACUGAUUUUAUAAAGAAAACAGAAUUUCAUCUUUUUAUUCAUUAUUAUAUUAAAAAUAUAUUUUUUUAAUUAAUUCGAGUGUAGACAUUUCCAUUCAAAAAUAUAUCGAUAAAAUAAGUUGCAGGGAAAAUUAAAUUUCGUUGAUUUGCGAUCAUAAAAUAUCUUUUAAAAUACAAUCGAUCAAAAACUAUUGCAAAGUUCAAUAGAAAUCCAAUAGAAUUUUGCUAGAGAAUUGACUAGGUUUUUCUACGAAAAAUUUCUGUAUGUGAACAAUGUGUCCAUUGAUCAUUGAUCAUGGUCACUUUUAUUUUUUUAUAUUCAGUUGUGAGAAAUAUUUGUCCUGAGGUGUUUUUUCGUCCUAUGUGAGGUGUUAGAGUGGAAUGUGUUCAGUAGAAAAUUGGGGGGCUUUUGGUGUUGAAUUUUACAAUUCUGUUCUCUUGAUUUUAUCACGAUUAUCAUUGAAAUUUUUCGAAUUCAAUAAAUAGGAAAAACACCAAAAUUUUAUUCACCAAAAUUCAAAUUGAUUGCCAUUUCUUUUAUUCUUUAUAAAAAUUCAAUAGAAUUUCUUCGAGGACGUGUUGUGUUUUUGCAUAAAAAAAUGCCCAAUUUUUCAGAAAAUAAUUGUUCCACAAAUACCUAAUAUAUCGCGUUGUAUCGAUUCCACGCGAUAAAUCAAUAUCAAUAUAAUAUAUUGCAGGUAUAUAUUUGUAGCGCGUUCUUGAAGAAUUCUAUUGAAUAAUUAUUUUAUUGCAUUAUAAAGUUAUUUAAAUCGACAAAAGUAAAUACAAUUUCAAAGAAACUGGAAGAAUUCUCUGUUGGAUUAUUCACUCGUGCAUUAAAUUACUGAAAUAUCUUUGUAAAAAUACUUGUUUACUAAAUAUAUUUGAAAUUGUAAAUAUCCUAUCCUGUACCCAAUCACAAUACCCGCUGAUAAUUAAUAAUCCUCGUUACGUUAUAUUGAUCCAACGUGCUUUCGCAUUCAAUUAAAUUGCGAGCUAUUCUUUGCAGAUCUUUCGGUGAAAUUUUUAAAAAUAAUUCUGUUGGUUCUCUACCGAUUUUUAUUGGAAGUAAUAAAUAAAUUCAGUCCUUUCUGUUUGAUGUUUCAAAAUCAUCUAAACAAAUGAAAAAAAUACUAUCAAAAUCGUUUUGCAACUUUUCUUCAUCAGAAUGAAUCCGUCAAUCAAAAAUCUGCGAUAUUUCCAAUAUAAAUCGGUAAAAAAAUCGGGAAAAUACCGAAUAAAGUGCGAGAUGAAUUCUAUCGGAAGAUUUUACACGAAUAAUUAAUAAAGUGGUAAAAAAAAUUGAUAAAAAAAACUAGGAAUAUUGGAAAUUGGAAUUGUACCAUCCGGUAACUAGGUACCUUCCGUUAACUGAGUUAAAAAUCAGUGAAAUUCCCAAAGAAGGUGAGAAAUGCCUAUUGAAUUGUUCAGGUGCAAUUCAAUGAUCGUAAGAUUAUCCUGAAAUGACUUAUAUCCUAUCCUCUAUCCAAAUAUAAUAACAUCCGAUAAUUGAAAAUUCUCGUUGCGUUGAUCUAAGUCAGUCCUUUCGCAUUAUCUUGCAAUCCUCUUCCCCACUCAGUAAUUAACGCUACCCAGCACAUGGUUAAUCCACCCUUAAUUACCAAAAAAAAAUAUUGAAGUGCAGAAAGAAACUUUUGUUCGAAAGUGUCCACGAAUGUAAACAAAUGUGUAAUAUAUGAGUCAAAAUGGUUUGAUAAUUGACAAUAAGGAUCUCUCAUAAAUCGCAAAAUAGACGUAUGUUCUUUCUUUUGUAAAAUGUCAUAUCGGAAGUCAUUCGAGUGCCUAUUAUUUUCCGGUCACAUCCGAGGGAGUAAUUAUCCCUCGCACGGGGAGAGAAAAAUCCAGUAAAAAUUACCACGCCAUUUGGUAAUCGUCUUGUGUUUCGUUCCGUAAAUACCGUACCGUAGACGUUAUCGGGUACAGAAAAAUUAAUCAACUGUUAUUUAAUUUCGAGGGCUAAAUAAGUUUUGCAGUAAACACUGGACAAAAGUUACUGGGGGGUAGAGAGGGUAAUUUUUCCCGGAGGAUUUACCAAACGGUACAGUAAUUUUUACAGCGUUUUUUGUCACACUUUUUAUUCAAAUUCUGCGAAGAAAUACUGUAACGUGAUUCAAUCAUGGAGAGAUGAAUUUUUAAUGAAUUGUGUAUAUUGUUACACGCGCUAUCUUGUCAAUUAAAUUAAUUGCAUUGGAUAAACAUCCGAUUGCAUAUUGAAAUUGUGUAUUAAUAAAAUGGCUGUCGGAUGCGGUAUGGAAAUUGCGAGAAUCGUAAUCUUAUCCUGAAAUGAAAGAAAUGCUUCUUCGGAAUCGUGUUUUUUUGAAAAAACUUAAUUAACAGAGAGAAAAAAAUGAUAAAAUAGUGCAAAAAUAAUUUUUACAAGGCCUGAACGUGAAUGAAUGCAGACGAUGUGCAGGAGAACCUCUACGGGAUGUUCUGGGAAGGAAUUUAAUCGAUAUUUGAGGAUUUUCUUGUCGAUUUGAAAAUGGUACUUCAUUUGGAAGGGAAACAGUAUUUUUGCAAUAUCACUUUUUCUCUCGGUGAAGAAAAAUCCAGCGCAGACGUCGGGAAAUUCUAUCGAAAUUGUCUGAAAAAAAUUGCAAAUUGUCUGGGGAUUUUUUCAAACAGAAAUCUUUAGUUCAAAAUAUUUGAUAAAGAUAAUUGGUAAAUUUUCGUUAAUAAGAUUUUACCAUAGAAUUCGAGAUUGUCAGAUUUUUAGGAAAUUAAAUGAAUAAAAAAUUUUCUGUGGUUGCGCUGGAUUUUUCUAUUAAUUUUUUUCAUAAGUUUAUGGGAGAAUAAUCUGCUGUCAGUGUAAAUAGGAAAAUUAAUACAGUGUGAAAGAAAUAACUGAGGCGGGGGAUCUAGUUAUAUAAAAAAUUGCAAUAAAAAACAGUAAAGAAAAAGACGAAUAAAUUAUUGAUAUAAAAUUGUGUAAAUGAAUACUGUAAAUAUAUUUUCAAUGGCAUUAGUGAGAUAUGCUUAGCUAUUGUUAAAGAUAAUAUUCACCAUUCCGCAUACGGGAAUGCACAAAUUGUUUUCAACAAAUCCAAGGACAUGAUUAUAGGAAAAUUGAAAAUUUCAUGAGCUCAGUGAACUCAUCCUGAAUGAACCUGUACAAUUUAACGAUGGUAAUAAUGUCUGCAUCAUAUGUUAAAUCAAUAUUAAUUUUUGUUUUGUAUAGGGUAAAAUAUACUGACCAAUAAAAAAGAA